ACGGUCUGCGUCUGCGCAUGCGUCGAAUGCACAAUUGACGGUGGCGACGUGUGCUAGGUGCUUGUCCUUGCUUUCCUGAAUUUGUUAGAGGAUUAAGGAAUAUUAACAAUGGCCAGAUACUUAAGGCCACCAAAUACAUCUCUCUUCAUCAGGAACAUUUCUGACGAAUCCAGGCCAGAGGAUUUGCGUCGUGAGUUUGGUCGGUAUGGGCCUAUUGUAGAUGUCUACAUUCCUGUUGACUUCCACACUCGUCGGGCAAGAGGAUUUGCAUACAUUCAAUAUCCUUUCAAGUUUGAAGACGUGCGUGACGCCGAAGAUGCUCUGCACAACCUGGACCGCAAGUGGGUGUGUGGCCGCCAGAUUGAAAUCCAGUUUGCCCAAGGGGAUCGCAAAACCCCUGGCCAGAUGAAGUCAAAGGAGCGGCACUCCCCACGUAGCUUCUCGCGCUAUGACGACAAUGAUCGCGACAGCAGGCGUGAAGCGCCCCGCAGAGUCAGCCCCAGAGACUCACGAUCAUAUGGAAGGCGCAGACGCAGCCGAAGCCAUGAGAAUGACAGGUACAGGCCUCCCCAGCGUGAGCACCACCGAGCACACCGUGGGGGCGCCGCCUCUCGCAGCCGCUCGCCGUCCCACUCGCCUUCCCCCGACAGGUUUAAGGCCAAGGGCCGCCGCUCCCACUCGCCCUCCAAGUCCCCGAGCCCCGCCGUGGACAACUUCCGCCAGACCUCUGGAUCCCGCGACUCUCAGAAGGAGUCCCAUGUGCGCUCACCGUCCCGUUCCUGCUCGCGCUCCGUGUCUCGCUCCAGAUCCCGUUCCCGUUCCUGGGCUGGACGCAAAUCUGGGGGACACUAAGACGCCCCAGCAUCCCUCCCCACCCGACCUGGGACACCUCUAUUUGACCAUUUUCUUACAACCAAUAUCACUUAUUACAUCAUAUGUAUAAUAUUCAGAUACUGUAUGGAGUGAUGCCAGGCACUAUACAUCUUUAGUUAAGACAAGAUCAUGAGUUUACUACUUAUGAGAGAACAGGUUUGCAAAAAGAGACAUUAUAUUUUGACGCUUUUUGAAACGGUGUCAUGACCACAUUUUUUUUUUUUUUUUUUAAAGAAGAUUUUAAUUGUCUCUUUGAUUAAUCGGAGACUGUAACAUUUGGUACAUUAAGAAAAUCUGAGUAAAAUCUUUAAAGCUAAGAAAACCUUUUUCUUCCAGGUCUACAGAAAACAUUAAAGUCUGGGUCAGUCUUUUGUAUUAUAAAUGGAAACUAAAGUUUGUGCUGAAGCCAGUAACGUAUGAUGUGGCCAUUUGGUGGUUGAUUCUUUGUAAGGUUUUGUAAGGUACAUAGUUCUACACACCAUAGGUAUUGGCUCUUCCUCAUUUUGCAAAACAUGUCAAGCUUGAGGUCACAUUUAAAAACUUCUUCCUGAUGCUGACUUUUUUUUUUUUUUUUUUUUUUUGUCACUUUCAUUUUGUUAUGCCUACUUGUACCAUGUGUUGACCUGUCAGGAACGAUAUAUAUUUUUGGGAAAGUUGUACUAGAGUGAAGUUUGUUCCAUCUAUGUUUCUUACUUUGUUUCAUAUGUCAAUAAAGAGAUUUUUUUUUCUAAA